AUGGCUCGAGGGGAAAGUUUUGAUGCUCACGAGAGCCCGUUGCAACCGAAGACUAUAUUGUUGAAGGAUGGAGAGACUAUUGCUACGAUGUAUCCUAUACCAAGUGUACCGAAGCUUAUUCCUGACGGCCUUAUGUCUUUUUUAGUUGAAGAGUUUAACAUGGAAAUAGAGAAAGGUGACAGUCUGCCAUUUUAUAACACGCUCACAGUCGAUGAAUUUGAGAAACUGAUGUUUGUUGCAGAAGGACAUAUAUGUGUCAUGGUUCUGGGAGAAAUACCAGAACUUGACUACAGUGCUGAGGAUGGUAUGCAGUCAAGAACGAAUGGUAAGGCAGGCGGCAAAAAUAGACCAGGUGACUCGGAAUUAAUGAGAUUUACACCGCAAUACAAGAGGCGAAAAGAGCGUAAGAACUUAAAUUUGCAUAUACAAUGGGAGAAACAAUGUUUAGGUAUAUUCUCAUUACAAUCAGCGUUUCCAGGUAGGUCGGCGCACGUAGCUACGGGUACGUUUUUGGUGAACGCUGGUAUUCGUGGUAAAGGUAUUGGGAGAACGCUGGUAGAGACCUUUAUAGACUGGUCAAAACUACUUGGUUAUACUUCAUCGUUUUUUCCACUCAUAUAUGGCACCAAUGUUGGAAUGAGAAGGAUAUUGGAGGAUCUAAAUUUUAGAAAAAUUGGGAAAUUGCCUGAAUCCGGUAUAUUGAAGGGGUUUGAUGUUCCUGUCGACUCAUUCAUGUAUGGGAAAGAAUUUACACAUAUCACCAAAAGUAUUGACAUGUUAAGAGAUACUCAAAAAUCAGAUGAUAUCGGGAAGUAUGAAAGGUUAAAAUACUAUCUAGAGUCAGGCACAUAUCCAGCAAACUGCGAUCGGAAUGAGAAAGCCCGAUUAAGAGUUAGUGCUCGAUCUCACUCAGUAAUGAAUAACAAGUUGAUGAAUGGUAGUGGUAAAGAAGUUGUAUAUGAGCCUGACAGACAACAUCAGAUUGCGUAUGAGACGCAUCAAGUAGAGCACCAAGGUAUAAAUAAAGUUACCACAAAAAUAGCAGAGAAGUAUCAUUGGAAAGGUAUUAAAAAUACAGUGACAGAAGUAAUAGCUAAAUGUCCCAAAUGUAAGAUACGAUACCCUGAUGGUAUGGGAGUUGUCGUUACGCAGGAUGAAAAUGUGCCACAAGCGCACAUGCUGCCAACACAUAGGAUACAGGUAGUAGAUAAGACCUCCAAGCCUGAAAUUGAAGAAGAACCUCUGCCGAAGAAACAGAAACUCCAUGUUCAAAAACUCGAGAAUAAGCACUUGCCGGACCCUACACCACCGGACAACAAUGUAUUCAACUUAACGGCAAAUACAUGGGCGGAGAAAUUGGCUGCAAAUAUAGGUCUUGACAGCUCUACAGCGGUGCCAAAUAUCGACAUGCAUGAUGAUCAUGAUCACAAGGGCAGAGAAAUGUCUCUACAUAGGCAAGACAUAGACAUGGCUGCCCAUAAAGACGACGACAGCAACAUAAUGGAUGCGGCAAUGCUCAGUCUGGAAGACAAUGUAAUCGCCGCUCUAGAGAUAGUACGAAAGGAACAACGCGACGAAGACCAUUACUAUCACUAG